AUGUUGUUCAGCAAAACUGCUGGUGCUGACAAACUUCCUGAAUUUCCAUGUCUUGUCUUGCACAAGACUCCCUUAGUCGUACCGCUACCAGGUGUCAUUUAUAAGAUAGCGUUUGAGAGAGCCUUAGGUGACGAAAUUCUGGGUUAUUUCAAGAAGAAUGAACAAUACAAGUCCCAUUUCCUGUUAACGGAUGUGAAACGCUACAAUAAAACUACACCCGGUAUCAGUGUAAAGUCCAUAGACUCGCUGGAUAGGUUUGGGCAGAAGUUUGACGAAGAUGAUAAAAAAUCGUUAUACAUCUGCUUGAUUCCUGAGCAAAGUAAAGACCUUUCAGUUGGCUGCAUUGCUAAAAUUUCCGGUGUGCUUAUGGAGGAAGAAACAGUGACCAUAUCGUUUAAGGCAUCUACUAGGGCCACCGUUAAGGCACCGCUUCUAAACUCUGGUACGCUUAUUUGGACAAGUCAAGUAUUAGUAUGCAACGAUCUUAGUGUUGUUGAGAACUUGAAGGACGAACAACGCCAACAGAUUGCUUCUGACUUUCUACUGCUUUUCGAGUACGUUAGUGAUACCAUUAAUUCUUUUAAGAAAAUGUACAAGAGUGCUGCAAAGAAAAGAUCGUCCCAACAUCUGUUGCUACUCUCACCAUUGUCAAAUACAUUAUUUUUCCAACUAGAGAAAGCCCAGUUUAAUAAGGCCUGGAGCACAAUCUCAAACCAAGUCGAUAAGCUUCGGAUUAAAUCCGAGAAACAGCGUUCAUCAGAAACUGUUGGCGAGAUCGCCUGUUUGAUGGAUUUGAUAGUUGCUGUACUUCCAACUUCUACGGCUCAAAAGGUUGAUUUUUUGGCAAGUCUGCAGGUCAGUAUUCGUAACAAAAACUUUAAAGGCAUUCUCGAGAGCUUUGGGCAGAUCUUUAGCACCAUAUAUUCUUCGACAGAAUAUGUUCAACGGUAUUUCUCCGAGGCUUCCAAUUUGGAGAAAUCGAAACUUAUUGCUAAUCAGCUGAAGUCCCUAAGACUAUAUAUCGAGGAUGUCAAGGCCCAGAAUGGCCAGUAUUCAGCACACGCACAAGGAAGGAAUGUAAACUCACUGGUUCCAUCACCAUCUGCAGGACAGAAGGACAAUGAUGAAGGUGAUGAUGAUGGAUGGGAUGAAGGCGAUGAUGACGAUGAUGAAAUGGAGAAAUUAAAGAUAUUUAUUAAGGGAUUAAGUGGACUUGGUGUACAUGAAGAUGGUAUCAAGAUGCUGAAAAAAGAUUACAAACGUUUCAUGACUACUAACCCACAGAGUGCUGAAUAUCAAGUGCUUAGAAGCUAUUUUGAUGUUGUAUGUGACGUACCCUUUGGAAAGUAUUCCAAUCGCGAUGAUAUCGACCUUGAUAAGGCUCGCCGAAAACUCGAUAAAGAUCACUAUGGGCUACAAAUGGUUAAGAAGAGGUUGAUGGAGUAUUUGUGCGUCUUGAAACUUAACGCCAACUUACAACAUGCGAACGAUGAGAAGAGAAAAGCGCCAAUUUUACUUCUAGUCGGACCUCCUGGUGUGGGAAAGACAUCAAUUGCUAAAUCUGUUGCAGAGAUGUUAAACCUCAAGUUUCAAAGAGUUUCCCUUGGUGGUGUGCAUAAUGAGGCCGAAAUUAGAGGCCACCGGAGAACCUAUGUCGGAGCUAUGUGCGGCUUGAUCAUAAAUGCUCUCAGGAAAAGCGGACGGAUGAACCCACUUAUACUUCUGGAUGAAGUAGACAAAGUACUGAGCACGGUAGGUAGUGGAUCAGGUCAUGGGAAUAAGAUCAAUGGUGACCCCGGCGCUGCCCUGUUAGAAGUAUUGGAUCCCGAGCAAAACAGUACCUUCACGGAUCAUUAUCUCGGAUUCCCAGUAGAUCUGUCACAGGUGUUAUUUUUCUGUACCGGGAAUGAUCUUGCAGGCAUCUCUAGACCUUUGUUGGAUCGCAUGGAGGUUAUCGAAAUACCAGGGUAUACAGCUGAGGAAAAAAUCCAAAUCGGUUCAAGAUUUUUACUUCCAAAGCAGAUACGCGUCAAUGGUUUGAAGGCCUGUAACCAGAAUUUUACUCUCACAAACCUGGCCUGGUCCUCUAUGGUACAGGAAUACACACGAGAGUCGGGUGUACGUAAUCUAGAAAGACAGUUGGCUACUAUAGUCCGGGGUAAAAUUGUUGAAUAUGUUCAGGAUGAGUAUAGCGCAGGACAUGAUGAAGUUUUAACAAGAAAAGAGCUUUACAAAUACUUGGGAUUCCCACUGCAUCCAAUUGCGACUGAGUUACUAGCCUCCGUACGAAUAGCUGAUAAAGAGGGCGUCGUCAACGGCCUAUCAUACAACUCUGACGGGACUGGCAGUGUCUUAGUCUUUGAGACCAUAAAGACCGGGUCGCUGGGUAGGCCCAACGGCCCUAAGAUUAAAGCCACUGGUAACCUUGGCAAUGUCUUGCAAGAGUCCAUCGACAUCGGCUGCAGUGUGGUCAAAUCUAUCAUUCGCCGAAAUUUAAUUGAUGGAGCCGACAAGUCCAGUUUUGAAGAUUUCCUUUCCAGUGAGUACCAUUUACAUGUCCCCAUGGGAGCCGUCUCUAAGGAUGGGCCAAGUGCAGGUACUGCUAUUACUCUGGCAUUAAUGUCACUCGCAUUAAAACGGCCGGUGGACUCAUUACUUUGCAUGACCGGAGAAAUUAGUUUAAGAGGCAAGAUUCUACCUGUGGGCGGGCUCAAAGAAAAGCUUCUUGGUGCCAAGAUGUACGGUAUGAAACGAGUGCUAGUCCCAAUAGCCAACAGGUCCGACGUGGUUCAGGCGGUCACCGAUGACAUCGUGCCCUUUGCAGAAGAUAAAUCCAUCCACGCAGAACUUGAACUAGCGAAGAAAAAGAUGGGACUCUCAGUAACCUACGUUAACGACAUCUACGACGUAAUUCAGUAUUCGUGGUCUGAUUUGAGCCUGCGCAAUCUUCCACCGACAUCUGACCAUACCUCGUACAUAAGCAAGAUCUAG